AUGACUACCGACCAGAAGAAACCUGGCCUUGACAGCAGCGCCUCCAAUGGGGAGAAGAUUAAGCAUGGCCAGAUGGACAUCCUCACCCAUCGGUCGGGGCAAGAUAAAGAUGUUGCAGUGCAGUUUCUCGCCCAGCUCGAUCCCGCCAUCAUGGCGGCACCCAUCUCCGACGCAGAGGCGCGACGCGUGCUGUGGAAGAUUGAUUUGAUAUUGAUCCCAUUGAUCAUGGUCACUUGUGUGCUCGCCGCAGUCGACAAGGUCAUCAUCUCCAAUGCCGCUAUCUACGGUAUGGAGACUGAUACCCAUCUCACCGGCAACCAAUAUUCCUGGGUGGGCUCGAUAUUCUACUUUGGCUACCUGCUCUUCGAGUACCCUGCUGCGCUACUCAUCCAGCGGCUCCCCGUAGCCAAACUCUACGUGGGAAUGGUCUUCGCUUGGGCAGUCAUGAUGUUGUGCACGGCCGCUACGCAGAACUUUGCAGGCCUGGCGACAGUGCGCUUCCUCAUGGGCAUGCUCGAGGCAUCGGUGUUUCCCAUCUCCAGCAUCCUAACGGUCAUGUGGUGGAAGACGAGCGAACAGCCUCUCCGGGUAGCCUUCUGGUUCAACCAGCUGUCGUCCGUCUUCUCUGGAGUCGUCAGCUACGGCAUCUGA